AUGGGACUACUUGAAGACGCGCGAAGACUCGCCGAGACUUACGGACCAGAGGCGGCGCGACAUGUAGCAUCUGCUGCGGACAAGGCAUGGACACACGGUAGCGCCUUCGGCCAAGAGGUAGCAAAGCGUGCUGGCCCAGUCGCCUCAGACGCCAAAACCCAUCUAGAGAAGCUCAGUAAAGAGGCCGGCAAGCAUGCUGCGCCUAUCGCUAGCAGUGCCUCGAAGCAUGCUAUGGAACUCGCCCGAGCGGCUUACAACAGCGGCAAACAAGGUCUACAGUCCCUACCGCAACUCCCAGACGGAUACAUCAACGAGGGAUACGACUGGAACUUCAUCGCACAAUUUGGCGAGGACAUGGCGAAGCAUCUUGGCAGUACAGCAGGCGACUUCUGGGAGAAACUGGGCAGCGGCGACAUCCUCCAUGACAUUGGUCAGGCGGCUAUCCCGAAUAUUGAGUUCACCAAGGAAGAUCUCUCGGGAUUCAGCGAGAGGCUCAAAGAAUGGGUUCUUGCCAACCCUAAACAGUUUUCCACGUUGCUGGCCUGUAUUGCUUCGGGCCCCAUCGCUCUUGCUGUCACACCAGCCAUGCUGGGCCUUAUCGGAUUCACACCCAUCGGUAUCGCUGCCGGCUCCAUGGCCUCUGCGUUUCAGGCAGGCGUCGCUCCCAUCGCUGCAGGUAGCGCUUUUGCCAUUCUUACCAGUGCUGCAAUGGGAGGGUAUGGGCUUGCGAUUGUCCUGGCGUUUGUCAUGGGCUCAAGUAUGACAGGAACUUGCGGUGUCGCAGCUCUGGCGUUCUUGCAAGCUAUUAAGGAAGACGAACAGUGUAGGAAACUGAAGACGGAGUGA